AUGGACGACUCUGCUACAUAUGGCUCGCCUGGCAACGGUGCGUCGCCCAACAGCAACCCUAUCCUCGCCCAACCUCCCCUGCAGCCAGAUUCAGGUGCAGGCGACAGCGAAGACAUCCAGAUGUCCGAGGGAUUGGCCACUGAGUCAAACAUUAAACAGGAUAGUACAACUCCUGCGCCAGCUCGAGGCGAUGAGGAGAUGAACGAUGCGCCCGCUGAUGAUACCAAGACGAAGGAGGACGGAGUGGCCGCUACAGAAGGUCAAGAAUCCAAAUCAAAGGAGGUUGUUGAGUCGGCUGCUCGCGACCAUCUCAUCGCGCAGACUCACGCGAUUGUCCUUCCCAGCUACAGUACCUGGUUCGACAUGAAUGCUAUUCACGAAAUCGAGCGUAAAGCUAUGGCCGAGUUCUUCAACAACCGGAACCGGAGCAAAACACCAGCUGUCUACAAGGAUUAUCGCGAUUUUAUGAUCAACACAUAUCGCCUCAACCCUGUUGAAUAUCUGACAGUCACAGCCUGCCGCAGGAACUUGGCUGGCGAUGUUUGCGCCAUUAUGCGCGUUCAUGCCUUCUUGGAGCAAUGGGGCUUGAUCAAUUAUCAAGUUGACGCCGAGCAACGCCCAUCACACGUUGGACCACCCUUCACUGGCCAUUUCAAGAUCAUAUGCGAUACUCCCCGAGGCCUACAGGCUUGGCAACCCUCUGCCGACCCUGUGGUUCUGGAAGGCAAAAAGAGCCAAGAUACCGACCAAAAGGCUGCUGCUGCUGCUCCCGCUAAAGGGGAGCAGAACCUUGAAAUUGGACGAAACAUUUACGAGGCCAAUGCCAAGAACACCCUCAUUAACAAGACUGAGGGCAAGACCAACGGUGAGACGCCAGCCACCAAUGGCGCAGCUGGUGCCGAUGAUGCCACCAAGACCCCCAUUUCGAAGGUCCAUUGCCACCAGUGCGGCAACGAUUGCACUCGGAUAUACUAUCACAGCAACCAUACAGAUGCUAACCCCAAGGCUAAAUAUGACCUUUGUCCUAACUGUUUCACCGAGGGUCGCCUCCCCGCCAACCAUAAUAGCAACAUGUAUGUGAAGAUGGAGAACCCCACCUACACAUCGACCUUGGACCGCGAUGCUCCCUGGACGGAUGCCGAGAUUCUGCGACUCCUUGAAGGCCUCGAGCGAUUCGACGACGAUUGGGGUGAGAUUGCAGAGCAUGUGGGUACCCGCACACGGGAAGAGUGUGUUCUCCAAUUCCUUCAGCUAGAUAUUGAGGAAAAGUAUUUGGACUCUGAGGUUCCCAUCAGUGCCCCGACUGGCUUGUCUCUCCUUGGCCCCCAACAAGGACAGCUGCCCUUCAGCCAAGUUGAUAACCCCGUCAUGUCUGUCGUCGGUUUCCUUGCUAGCCUGGCAGACCCAGCCAGUACAGCAGCGGCCGCAAGCAAAUCUGCCGAAGAGCUCAAGCGCAAGCUCCGCAAGCAGCUCGAUGGUGACAAAGCCGAUGACGACUCGCAGGCCAACGGUGACAGCAAAGCCAAGAGUGACUCUAUGGAUAUCGACCUCCGACAAGAGACCACGAUGACUACAACCACAACUACGACCACCACCACCACAAAGACAAAUGCGCUCGCAUCCAUUCCUCUGGCUUCGAUAGGGGCUAGGGCUGCCGGAUUUGCCUCUCAUGAAGAACGCGAGAUGACUCGCCUGGUUUCUGCUGCUUCAAAUGUGACGCUACAAAAGCUUGAAUUGAAGCUCAAGUAUUUCGACGAGAUGGAGGCCGUCCUGCGGGCGGAGCGACGAGAACUUGAACGGGCAAGACAGCAAUUGUUCCUCGAUCGAUUGACCUUCCGACGUAGGGUUCGAGAAGUGCAGGAGGGCCUGAAGGCUGCCGCGGCUGUUGGAGGCGAACGAGGCGUACGACUUGCACAAGAAGCUAUGAGCGAAGGAGACCGGUUGAGCUUCCAGGCUGUCCCAGGCGCGCAGGCUGUCCCACCUCCCAGCAGUGAUGGCCAAAUCAAGAGCUAUGAGGCAUGA